CAGUGACAUUCGAUGGAAUUGACAUUUCAAUCAAUUCUUCAAAAAUCUGUGCGUGAUUACAAAAAUCACGAUUUUUAGUUUUAGAUUAGUUAAUUACAUGCAUUAAAUAGAAAAAUGUCGAUAUUCGGCGAUAUUAUACCGAAAAAUGAAGAAAAACCGAACAACCAGGCGAGCUCAAGCCUGUCCCCUUACCUGAACUUCGAUCCUCAUAUCAUACCGAAAAUGCAACCAGAAUUCCUUUAUCCUGAUGAUAGACAUAUGGCAUCUACAGCAAGAAGGUCAAAUGUAGCUCUUCCUAUCAUUGGAAUGUCUUUCAUGAGCGGUUCAGGAAUUGGAGGAAUUAGCGGAUUGUACAAAGGCCUCCGAGCGACCACACUUGCUGGGCAGGUUGGCAAAGUCAGGAGGACCCAAGUUAUCAACUAUGUCAUGAAGCAAGGUACAACAACAGGCUGCACUUUAGGCAUCAUUGCUUCAUUCUAUUCCUGCAUUGCCCUCGGAGUGACUUGGGUCCGUGAUAAAGAAGAUACAGCAAACACUUUCAUAGCUGCAGCCACCACAGGAAUAAUUUACAAGAGCACCGCAGGGCUCCGCUCCAUGGGCCUUGGGGCAGCCGUUGGUCUUACCCUUGCCGGAGUCUACACAUUAGUUACUGACAAUGACAAUAUAUGGAGCAAGGCCAGAUACACCAGAUUGUGAUUCCAUUUACCGCCUACUAGUAUGUAAAUAGAUUUAUGUUAUGUUUGCACCAAAGAUGCCAAUACGGAUUUAUUCAUCCAUGUCCAGUGUUGGAAAGGUGAAGUUAUCCUGAGGACCGUGGUCCCCGUGUCAGCAGGAGUGUGCCAUGGUAGCACAAAAGUUAAUUAAAAUGUUUUAUUUGAAAAAUUAUAAUGUUUUAUUUCCAUUGAUUAUAACUAAAUACUAGUGAUGUUUUUGUACAAUGAUCAUUAUAUUUACAAUCUGAUUGUAACACCCUUGCUAACAAAUAUUUCGUUAUAGAAAAAAAGAAUAAAGGCACUAAAUUAUAUUGCCUAUCCCUCACAUCUGAACACUUUCUUGGUUAUAUCCUCGGCCGUUGAGCCAAAGUCGUAGACCAAAGUCCGCUUUCCUACUUUUUAGUCUCCACUUCGCACGGUGGUCGGCAUCUCGCCAUUUGGACUACAGAUAGUAACAACUUUAACAAGUUUAAACAACGUAAGUAAUAAAAACAUGAGCAUGAUAAACCAUAUGUAGAAGCACCUUGGCAAGUCCAAAAAAUAAAUUUGUAUGUUGGUACAUGUACAAAAAAUUAAUUAACAAGGGUUAACAAUAGGACAUACAAUAUUGGGAUAUGUCUUAUAGCUUAGCCGUAAUAUGGAAGAAUAGCAAUUAUACACAAAAAAUCUUGAGCUCCGAAAAUAUAGUUUAGCUGAUGCUUAAACCUAAAAACUAUACUUUGCUAUUCAUUAUUUCUGCUAACGUUAUGUAAAAAUCAUGUCACAAUGCUUCUGAUUUUUGGAUUAGAGAUUUUCCAAACUGAGGUAACUGAUGCAUUAUUGUUGAAAAAACAUUAAGACUUGAUUAUCACUUAUCAUUAGUGGAUUUGAUACUCAAUAGAGGUCUAAAAUUUGGCACCAAUAUCUGCUUAGUGUGGAAACCAAAUGUUAAUUUAAAAAAAAUAUUUCUAAUGAAAACCAAAUUAACGAUGGAUGCAAAUUACGCUUCGUCGCAAAAUGUCCCUUUUGCAACCUGGUAACAAAUUGGCUAUUGGUCGCAGAAUGCAUAAAUUGGGCCUUUUUCUUUAAUAUAUUUAUUUACAUCUUAUAUUAUGAGGGUACUUAACAAAACCUAGAAAUUCUAAUUUGUUACUAGGGGACAUUUUACGGAAGGGACAUUCACUAUGCGACCGGGACCCAUUAUGUGACAAAGCGAAAAACUGCUCUUGUAAUAAUUCUAUUAAUG